GACGAGAAGCAAGAGCUCGAGCUCGAGGCCGAGGCCGACGAAGAGGGUCGUCGGUCGGAAGGGGGAGGGCCCCAAAGCCAAAUAUCCCGAAUCCGAGGCUGCAGAUUGAUGUCAGAGUACGACAUGCGCUUGGAGGAGGAGUGGCGAGCUGCCGAGCAUUGACAGGGGAAGGAUUGUUGGGGCGGAGGAGGAAGUCAGGCGCAGAGAGUGGAGUGGAGCAGAAGACGGAGAAGGAAAGGAGACCAGGUGGAGGAGGGAGGGAGCGAGGGAGGGCUUUGAAUAAUAUAUUGGAGGAAGAAGGUUGGCGCGAUUCUACUCUUUCUCAUUGUUGAGCGCGGAGCAGGAAUCAACGAGACUGUACAAAUGGAGGUGCAGUGAAUCUUGAGACGGCCUGUCCGACACAGAGCUCACUGUUGCCGGCGAAGCCGAUGGCGAUGGGUGGUGGCAGCAGCUGGUGCUGCCCUGUCUCCAUCGACGUCUUGUUCACCUGAUCGGGCCCUAGCUCGCGCGUUCCAUUCUUGAUUGCUGCCCUCUCGCAGCCCGAGCGCGAGUCGCUGGCGCAGGUCUCAGUCUCGUCCGCAGGCCCAGCCCAAGCCCAGAGCGCGAUUGAUGUAAACGGGGCGUCUUCUUGCUCGACGACGACCACGACGAUCGACGAGAUGCCGGCGGGGCGGGGCGUUCCGGGGCAGCGAUGGGUGAGGCUGCAUGUGACGGAGCCCUUACUGACGAUCAUUCGCCGGGGGGCGGACGCCAAGACGCUGGCCUUCAGUGGAGCGAUGGGGAUCACGUUGGGGAUUUUUCCAAUUUACGGAGUGACGGCGGUGCUGUGCGCUUGCGCGGUGGGGUUGUUGGGGCCCCGAUGCAACGCCCCGACGAUGCUGCUGGCCAACCUCAUAGCCACGCCCCUUGAGCUGAGCUUGGUCAUUCCCUUUCUGAGGUUAGGCGAAUGGGUCGUGGGCGGCAAGCGCCUUUUGCUGUCCAAGAAUGCGCUGUGGGAAGCUCUGACCGGCAAGGCCUCGUGGGAAGUUCUGCUCGGGCUCUGGCAUGCCCUCGUGGGCUGGUCCGUCGCUGCCCCUUUCGUCAUAGCCGCCCUUUACUUCGCCUUGCUGCCUGUGGUGAAAUUUUCCAUCCAAAGAUAUGGAAUCGUGGUGGUUCCGAGUUCCUCGUUGACACCUUUGAUGAAGGAUUCAAUCGACGUUGUGAGUGACGAGGAUGAAUCGGUAACGUGGAUUGAACGAUCGGCGACAAGGUUGGAGUAGAGUUAACGCAAAUGUAGUCUUCGUUCCGGAAGUUCUGAUCUCUUGCAAGCCUGGGCCUGUCAGGGCACGUCAAGUCUUCCAAACAGUUUCGAGAUUAUCCAGAUCAGGUGCAUGACAAAGGGGCAAGUUGUGAGGGUAAUGCGAUGUGCAGCGUUGCAAAGAGCCAAGCUGGUAUUGUAAUGUGAUUUGCAUCUCGCCUAGAGCUGCUCCUGCUGCUGCAUCUUCUCGUCCUCUGAGCUGCCUGCUGGAUAUAGCAAACAUUGGGGUACCUACUCCUCAGUAAUCUGCAUAUAAGUGGUCGUCCGUGGGAUGGACCCCAUGAUCAUCUUUGUAAAUGCCCAUUACCCAGAUCAUUCACUCCCAGGCCUGUGGCAGUCCCUGAAGCCUGUGCGGAUGUCGGAAGUGAAUCAUGGCAACUCGCUCGAGGCAACCUUCGAAGAAAAGGACGAAGCGAAACGAAUGCACGUCACUUAGCUUGGUCUGCUGAAAUUCUAAAUAGGUUGUUUCCUGGGUGCGUCGUCUAGGUGUCGAAGUGAACACCUAAACGCGUUUAGAUAUUGUAGAAAAUCAAACGUAUGUUCUUGUCAAAUCACACUAUAUCUGUAACAUCAGUACUGGGAAAGAAACAAGAGACUGCUUCCUUUUCGCAGAUACAUUAUUACAUGGCGGUACCGCUGACACACAA